AUGGCCAGCGAUUUCAAGCUGAGCUCCACACUGCGUGGCCACGAAGAAGAUGUCCGCGCAAUCGUCUUUCCCUCCCACGACCUCCUCCUCUCAGCAUCACGCGAUAACACGGUCCGGCAAUGGAGCCUGACAUCGUCCAAGCCGCCGACUUACGACGACACUAUUGCUUUACAAGGCAGUCACUGGUUCAAUGGGCUUGCCUACGCCCCGCCUUCUCAGGAGCACCCGAAGGGCGUCCUUGCUGCUGGAGGCCGGGAGACAUUCGUGUUUGUGAAGCAGCUUGGCCGGCCAGUAGAUGAAGACCCUCAUCGACUGCUCAUUGGACAUGCGGGGAACAUUACUUGCUUGGCUUUCAGCGACGACGGCAGUAAGGUAGUAAGCGGUGGUUGGGACAGUCAGGUCUUCGUGUGGGAUGUAGAGAGCGGCAGUGUGACAGCGGAGUUGCAAGGUCACGGCGGUCCAGUAUGGGGUGUGAUGAUCUACGACAACAAGUUCGUCUUGACAGCAUGCGCCGACAAGAGCAUUCGGUUGUACGAUCUGAAUGGGAAGCCGCUGCAGGAGAUCAAGGGUCAUACAGAUGUGGUGCGAUGCUUUGCGAAGCUUCCGCCAGGGCACUGGUCAGGCGCGGCUGUUGCUUCUGCUGGAAACGAUGAGGUGAUCAGAUUAUGGACUCUGGAUGGCAAGCAGAUUGGAGAGCUUUCAGGCCACACGGCAUACAUCUACAGCCUCGCUAGUCUUCCGAACGGCGAUCUUGUGAGUUCGUCAGAAGAUCGUACAGUGCGGAUAUGGAGGGAUGGCCAAUGCAUCCAGACCAUAACUCAUCCUGCGAUCAGCAUUUGGACUGUGGCGGCUUGUCCGGAGACUGGUGACAUUGUCAGUGGAGCGAGCGACAAAAUCAUUCGCAUAUUCUCCCGAGAUCCUGAGAGGCAAGCAGACCCUGAGACGUUAAGCUCCUUCCAGGAGAGCAACCGCAUGUAUGCCAUACCUGCCGAAACUGCAAGUCAGGGACAGCCGUUCAACAAGGAAAAUCUGCCUGGCCCUGGCGCACUCCAGACGCAGGUCGGCGAACGUGACGGCCAACAGCUCUUCAUUCGCGAGAAUGACGGAAGUGUGACUGCCCACUUGUGGUCAGCAUCUACAAGCCAAUGGAACCUGAUUGGCACUGUUGUUGAAGGCCAAGGCACUGGGUCCUCCAAGAAAGUACAUAAUGGCCAGGAGUAUGACUUCGUCUUCGAUAUUGAUAUUGAAGAGGGUAAGCCGCCUCUCAAGCUGCCAUACAACCUGACUGAAAGCGCGUGGGAUGCGGCGCGAAAGUUUUUGGAGAAGAACGAGCUGCCAAUGUCGUACUAUGAGCAAGUUGCCAAUUGGAUCUCAGACAACACAAAAGGCGCGAGAAUUGGGCAAGACUCUGCGGCUAGCAGUCGACCAACAAAUCAAUCGCAGGACCCUUGGGGGACUGAGCGAAGAUAUCGGCCGGGCGACGCUGGUUCCUCCGUUUCCGGUCAACGGAAAAUUCCACAAAAGACAUUCAUCGAAAUUGUCGAGGGCAAUCCAGCCAACGCCAUCAACAUCAUUGCACAGAAGACAGAUGAGCUCAGCAAGUCUGGCGAGUUGACAGUGGAGCAAGCACUGCGGCCUGAGGAAGUCGCGGCUUUGAAAGCAUUACCCACGCAGCUGCAAAACAAACAGGAUCCACGCCCCACUGAGCCGCAGAUCACUGCACUGCUCAAAGUUGCGUCGCUGUGGCCGCAGAAGAGCCGUGUUCCCGCAGUCGGAGUGCUCGCUCUCCUCGCUGUGUCUCCAUCCUUCGUCAGUGCCACAAGUGCUGGCAAUGGUACAAUUGUUGAAACUCUCAACUCUGCCGGCCUUUUAGCACCAGGACAGCAAACCGCCAAUAAUGUCGUUCACGCCAUCCGACUGCUGGUGAAUCUCUUCAAGAGCGAUGCUGGACGCCUCAUCGCAGACGGCAGCUUCGACACCGUCAUUGGGCUCGUGAAGCCUUUCCAAAGCCGGCCUGAGUCUGUAGCUCAGGUCAAGGCACUUGCAUCGCUCUAUCUCAACUACGCCGUCUUGCUCUCGAGCGGCACUGGGAACGAAGGUGCUAUGCGUGAAGCGAGGGCAAGGACGCUCAUUACCGAGAUCGCCAUGCUUCUCGAGUGUGAGAGUCCUCAUGCUGCCGAUCCGGACGGCUUCUCCAGAACGCUUGCAGCACUUGGCACACUGCUGUCCAUUGGUGGCAGCUUCCGAGACUCGCUGAAGGGCGGCAUUGCUGGCUCGUUGCAGUUUGCUGCCAUGAAGCCAGCAGCUCAACAGCAAGCUGUGAAGGAGCUCAUCCAGGAGAUCCGAGAUGAGCUACGCUGA